UGUCAACUUGACAGUUAGUAAAAUAAAUAAACAUGGCGGGGUUAGUACGAGCAGGAUUUUCUUUUGCAAAAAAUGCAAUUUUCUCAACAUCAGUGCGCUCUAUAGCAACAUCAAAUCCUCUAAAUUUGAAAGAAAUUCGUGAACGUACGGAGGGUUCUUCAAUAGUCAUUGAAGCGUUUAAUGUACCAUCACCUCGCACUGAGCUCUUAGUUCGGGCAGAAAAGCUCCCAAAUUAUGAGCCUAUGGUCAGCCCAUCAGAGAAGCCUCCUUGCUACAUGUGUGCCUUAGGACUAGACGUCAAACACACAGAUGUUCUUAUACUGAGCCAGUUUGUGAGGUCAGAUGGGUGUAUGUUACCUCGGCGAAUCACUGGAUUAUGCCGAAGACAACAGAAGAAAAUGGGCAAGUUGGUGACAAUGGCACAGAAAGCUGGUCUUAUGAUUAAUUUGACUCCUGAAAAAUGCAACAAGGAUCCGAAAAAGCGAAGGGACCAUAAGAAGUUCAAUACAUACUUUGAUGAGAAAACCAUAUUUAUGAGGAAAAUCCCGAAACCAGUGGACCGAUUCAAGCGUUAAUUAUAUGUUUAAUUGUAAAUCUUUGUAAAAUUAAAAAUAUGUAGAUGUUAUA